CUGUACACCACAGCACUGCAUUGUGAUAAGUGCUGAGACUGGACGAAAUCCUUGCUGUGUACAAACAGGUGCACAGUGUAAACAAAGUAAAGAGAAACAUUUAUUGAAGCAGAAAAUAGAGAACUGAAUAAAGACAAGUUGGACAAGUGAAGGGGACUCUGUAGACAAAUCAAGACUUAACAAACAUCAGCUAUGGAAGGGAUCACACAUCUAAUUCUGCUCAUUUCAGGGCUGUGUAUUCUGCCCGUAUGCGUCGCCCAGCACCAAUACUCCUUAGUCACUACGCCUAAAACCUGGUAUGAGGCACAGAGCUACUGCAGAGAGAAAUGUCGUGACCUGGCCACCAUAGAUGACAUGAGAGAGAUGAAAACAGUACUUGAAACUGUAAAGGGCAAAUACGAUGAUGCUGUAUGGAUAGGGCUUCACAAAGCGGAGACCAGGACGUGGCACUGGUCUCUGGCGGACAAAGAUUUCUACAAGGAGGGAGAAAGAGACUAUUUCCUCUGGGGCGAAGAAACAGGUUAUCACUGUGUGGCUCAUCAACAGGGGAAACUGGAUACAGCUUCCUGUCACAACAAAUAUUAUUCAAUUUGCUUUGAUGGAAGAAAUGGUCAAGAUCAAUACAUUCUCAAGCUAGAAUCUUUGAAUUGGACUGAUGCUCGAGACUACUGCAGAACAUACCACACAGACCUGGCCAGUCUGAGGAAUGACGCAGAGUAUCUGAAGAUAGAGAAGAUAGACAAUGGGUAUCGUUUGUGGGUUGGUCUCUUCAGAGACGACUGGGUGUGGUCAGACAAGACUUACUCCUCGUUGAGAUACUGGCAUGCACAACACAAACUCUAUAGUGAAGAUCUUGAAGAAUGUGGUGUUUUGCUGAAGAGCAAAUCUGGUAGAUGGGGAAGUCGACCAUGUGCAGAAACACAUCCGUUCCUUUGUAACUGCCCCCAGCAGAACUGGUCCAUCAAAGUGAAGAUCAUCCCACAGGACGCAGCGUUGGACCUAAAUGAACCUGCAGUGCAAGACGCCAUCUUGGAGCAAAUGAGACAGGAGCUGAGUGAGACACUGACUGAUCCUUUUCAGCUGAAAUGGAAAAAGCAGCCUAAUGGAAAGGUUUUUAACAAAGAGACUUGAGGAAAUAGAGAAGAACAUAAACAGCAACUCUGACUUUCAAGGAUCUAAAGCAGGGCUGCCCAAAGUGAUGUUUAUAGCAAGAAACUAUCAAAAAGGCAUUUUUAAAAAGAGAAUAUAAAUCACUCAGUGUGCUGUUUUAUCCCUAAUGAGUAAUACAUGUCGUCAUGUUGUAUGAAAUUCAUAGAGCUAAAAUAUUUACUAAUAGAGUAAUGUUACUGCUAUGUAAUGUGUUCAGUGUGAAUAUGUACUGUGUGUAAAACAUGCAUAUAAAAUAUUAAUGUGAUAUUAAUAAGAGGACAUAAACUGGUGACAUAAUAGUGAGUAAACUUAUACAAAAUGUGCUUAUAUUCACACUAACAUGUCUGCAUGAGUGCAGUUGUUAUUACCUCUUGUUAGAUACAUAAUACUUUGUGUUGUGUGUGUGUUUUUGUGUUUUUAGUGAUUACAGAUUAUACAUAAAUAACAUAAACUGUUUUGCUUACAUGAAAUGUAUUCAUUAGUGAGAGGUAUAGGAGAAAUUAGGCUCUUUGCUGCAUUAUAAAGCUUUUAAAAAACUGUUUUUAAUGUCUGUUUGUUGUCUGUCUUUGUCAGUGCUGUAUGCUGUGCAGAUACAU